GGUGCCUGCCAAAGAACUUGUUUACUUGACUGCCGCUGGGCCAGGAGCUUACAAGGGAGGCUCUAGACUGCGGGUAUCUGGGAGAGAAAAAUCCAAUGAAAGGGGGCGGCCGGCCAGCCGAGGGAGGGGGGCUGUUUGGCUGGGUCUAAGGGCCAGAGCCCCGGCCAGUUUCGAGCUGCCUUGCGCGCUUGUACUGUAGUCUGCCGGACUUUCGCCCCUGCAGCCGAGGAGCACUCCGUGAAUGGGGUGUAACUCUCACAGUUCUGCAGAGCGAGGUUGUAAGCUGUGGAAAUUCUGCCUUGACUGCAGCAGUUAAAAGACAGACAAUCCUGUAUUUGGGGGAGAGUGGCAAUUUCAUUCUAUCCUCUGUAACUCUUCCGGUACUCUACUCUCCGGAGUCCAGAAGGCUAACAUGCUACCAGCCUCUAAAAAGCUUGGGGAGAGGGAUCCCAAAGAAGACCCAUCUGUCACUCUCUUCCGGGAAUAUCUGAGAAUCAAGACAGUCCAACCUCAGCCUGAUUAUGAAACGGCAGUAAAAUUCCUGGAAAGAAUAGCUUCUGAACUCGGUCUACAGUGUCUGAAAGUGGAGGUCUGCCCUGACCGUGUGAUCACGAUUCUGACUUGGAAAGGCACAAACCCACAACUCAGCUCCAUCUUACUGAAUUCUCAUACAGAUGUUGUUCCCGUGUUUGAGGAAUAUUGGCAGUAUGAUCCUUUUUCGGCUUUCAAGGACUCUGAGGGAAAUAUCUAUGGACGGGGAGCUCAAGAUAUGAAAUGUGUAUCUAUCCAAUACCUAGAAGCCAUACGGAGGCUGAAAGCUGAAGGAAGACAUUUUCCACGAACCAUUCAUAUGAGCUUUGUCCCAGAUGAAGAGAUUGGGGGCCACAAGGGGAUGGAAUUGUUUGUGAAGACUCCUGAGUUUGCGGCACUUAAUGUUGGCUUUGCUCUGGAUGAAGGCCUGGCAAACCCAACAGACACUUUCACUGUAUUCUAUGGCGAGAAAUGCCCGUGGUGGAUUAAAGUGAAAGUAGAAGGGAAUCCGGGACAUGGAUCCAGAUUCAUUGAGAAUACAGCUGCUGAAAAGAUGCACAGAGUGAUCACUUCUUUCCUUGAAUUCAGAGAACAUGAAAAACAAAGAUUGAAAACAGAGGGACAUCUCACUUUAGGAGAUGUAACAUCCGUGAACCUGACCAUGUUGAAUGGAGGCGUAUCAUUCAAUGUGGUCCCCUCUGAGCUCUCUGUUGCCUUUGAUAUCCGAAUCCCUCCCACGGAGGACUUAAAGGCAUUUGAGGAGCAACUCACAUCUUGGUGCAAAGCUGCUGGAGAAGGUGUUACAUAUGAGUUCCAGCAGAAAUACAUGGAUCAGACAGUUACCUCCACAGAGGAAUCUGAUCCCUGGUGGAAGGCAUUCAGUGACACCUGCAAAGACAUGAAUAUGAAGCUGAAGUGUGAGAUCUUCCCUGCUGCCACUGACAGCCGCUACAUCAGAGCAGCAGGUCGCCCUGCAAUUGGCUUUUCCCCCAUGAACUACACACCUGUGCUGCUGCAUGACCACAAUGAAUUCCUGAAUGAGCAGGUCUUCCUUCAUGGGAUUGAGAUCUAUGCUCACCUCAUCCCGGCACUGGCCAGUGUCCCUCCUCUGCAAGCAGAAGCCUGAGAUCCUAGCAGAUGGCAGUGAUUUGGGGUGUGUGGUGGUGGUGGUGGUAGGGGGAUUGGGGAGAAAAACCAAAGAAAGUGAGAAAGGACACUAUGUAUUAUGACUGAGGGGCUUAUGGUGCCUGAUCAUCUGUGUUUUGCCAAGAGGAAGUGGAAUUCCAGCAUCCCUGGAUGUUACACAAGGGACAAAGACACUGGCAGCAUCAGUUAAUGCAACCACAUGUAAAUUAGGGUCUUAUUGAUGUCAAUGACUUUUUCUCUGCUGCAUAUUAAUUAAUGUAGAGACUCUUCUUCUCACAAGUCCAGACGGAAAACCACAUUUUUUCCCCCCCUACUAACAAUUUCUCCAUUUGGAGAUAAAAGGACAGUCUUCGUGGCUUCUAAAUCAGCAAAUUCUAAGGACCAGUUUCUCACUACUGAAAUGCAAUUGAGCAGGAAAAUGUUACUGUCAUAUUAAUUGUCUUCCUGUUACUACCGUACCAUUUUGCUGUGUAGUGUUUUGUUUUGUUUUUUAAAGAAAAAGAACAUCAUUUACAUUGAUAAACCUAAGGAGAAAGCAAAAUAGAGAUGAAGACCCUGAAAUCUUGAGACACUGGGGGUCAGGUGAGAGUGCUAUUUAGGCUGAUGGGGUUGACGUGGAAUUAUUGUUUUUUCUUUUGCUUUCUCUGGGAUGCCUAAUAAGGAAGACCAUCUCAACACUUAAGUAGAAUUCUACAACGGAGAAAAUUUUUCCAACUCUGCUAUAAUACUGAGCAUUUUUUCUUAGUUUCCCUAUUUGUAAAAGAGAAUCAGUUAUGACACUUACUCUUUGCCCCAUGAGUCCUUUCAGAGGAAAAAUGGUUUGAAAGUAAAUGAAAGGGAAUUUAGCAUAGCAAUAGCACUUAUAUACUGAGUCACAGUACUUUACAGCUCUCUCUAAGCAGUUUACAGAGUCAACAUAUUGUCCCCAACAGCCUGGGUCCUCAUUUUACUGACCUAGGAAGGAUGGAAAGCUAAGCUAACCUUGAGCCAGUCAGGAUCGAGCUGCAGUCAGCCGAAUUAGUCUUCAAUACUGCAUUCUAACCACUGUGCCACCACAGCUUUUUAUUAAAUAAAGUUUAAUUACAAUGAGAGACCAAGAUCUUGAAGGAGGAGUUAAGAAUUAAUACAACCUGCUUAGGAACUUCCUUCCCUAUUUUACUAUCUUAUGGGGAUGUCCCUGAAUUUUUACUCCUUGAGGAUUCACUAGCAGUAUGGCUGACUGCCUUAAUUAUCUAUUGAACCUGUAUUUCAGCUAAUUAUAAAUGAAUGCCAUUUGGAUUCUUUAAAUGCCAAACUUCUAAGGGUGAAAUGGCGAUGAUCCCACCAAUAGCAUGGAUGAUUUUUCUCCCAGGAAUACCUUGGAUAUUGGCACUAUAUCAGAAUGAUGUAUCCUUCCCUUUGAGGCAUUUUUUUCUAAAUUUUAACUGGAAUUCUGAAAUAUUAAGGACAGUCAGUAAAGGUAUAUAGUUUAAGACAAGGAGAAACUUUCAACCACAUUGCCUUCAAUCGAAUACCAUUCUCUAAAGAAUUUGUUAACAUACAUGUGCCUCUUGAAUAUUAGCUAUGUUUCCACCCACUCAUAGCAUUGGCAAACCAUCCCAUGAAAGAGGUAUUUUCCCCAGUUUUAUACAAGAUAAUUGAUUCAGAUUGGAAAGAGAGAGUUCUCCAGAUAUCAUAUUGACAUAUUUUAUCUCAGGUUUUCUUCAUCCAACUUGUCAUUUGUAACAAAACCUGAAUUUCUUCCAGAAGGAUUAUUUUUCACACACUGCUGUAAUGCAAGAUCAUCCCACUGUACAAUAUACACUGUCAGGUACACUUUCUCUUUUUAAUACUGGAUAACAUCUGUUAGAAACUUCACUCCUUUCUAGUGUCAUAGAGCAACACAUACUUAGGGAAUAUGGAAAUUUCCCCCUUUAUUAGUAGUCUAUUAACUACAAGUGAUUUUUAAUAUGAAACUGAAGCACAGAUAAGAACACUGUGAUUUGUCUUAUUAUGUAUACAAUAAUAAUCUGUAAAAUAUAAAUGCUUUGUAAAGUCUUGUGUCCCAAAAAGUUCAGGUGUGAAAUUAGGACUAAAUCAGGAUUCUUUUAAAAGCCUAGGGAAAAAGGCUAACUCAUGCAUUUUUAUAGUUCUGUAUUGUUUUGUACAAUCUUACUUGGUAGAAAGUCCUGUUGUACCCUGUUGUGUUUUGGUAACAUGCACCGAAUUGUUGCAUAUGUGGAUGUGGAAAUUUUUUAGAUGAACAUUUCUCCUUUGGAGAAAUGACACUUCCACAGAAGUCUAUAGUGUCAAAAUUUUGUUUAGAGUUGCUUUUUGUUUGUUCUGUUUGCCACGUUUCAGGAUGAAUUGCUUCUCUUAGUUAAGUUUGGCUGAAAAGAGAAAUAACAGGACUAUAUGUGGUUAUUUGAUUGAUAGCUACGAACAUGAACAGAAAGCUGCUUAUGGGCUUCCAAGAGGCUUUCAGUGCUCUUUGAUCCAAUACAACCUAUUGAGGUAGGUGGGGGGUAGGCAGCAUCUUGUCUCACAUAAAUUUAAGUUGCCUGUGCCCACGUGAACAAAACGGUACAGUUCAUACCAUGGAUUAUAGCAACGCUUUUCAAAGUUGGCAACUUUAAGAUGUGUGGACUUCAACUCCCAGAAUUCCCCAUGUUAAAAUUUUCUUGACAAGAUUUCAAAAGUGGUUUGCCAUUGCCUGCUUUCAAGGGCUGAAACAGAACGAUCUGUCCAAGGACAUCCAACUGGCUUUGUACCUAAGGUGUAACUAGAACUUUCACCCGUCUCCCUGUCCUAGUCUGGUGUCGUAGCCACUAUAACAAACUAGCAAUCAUAUGUCUCCUUAACAGCACAGAAAGACUGUUUUUACACAGACAGAAACCUAUAUAGCUUUCAGCACAUGGUAUAACUUAUUUUAGUUUCUAUAAAUGUCAACAAAAUCAGCUAUAUAAAAUUUGUACACCAGAUAUAUGGGAGCAGCUAGCAUUAUCAUUUCACUCUGUCUUUUUCCUCAGCAGACUGUGUGAAUGGCCAUAUAUGAGAGUUUAAAAGGAACUCCUGGUCUUUUUAAAUCAGAAAAAUCAGCCGGCAAAAAUGUUUUUUUGCCGUCCUUCCUAUCUAAACUUAGAGAGAAAUGUAUUCAAUCUUGGAAAUAUUUUUUUUUCAGUUUAUAUAUAGAGGCUAUUUUAAGGAAAAAAUACAAUUAAUAAAUCAAAGUUACUCAAAUUUUAAAGUUAGAUUUGUAUGCUAAUUUGGGAGAUGCGAAUUCAGCAGGUGGUAACACUUUGACUUACCUUAUUGGAAUUCUGAAGCCAAGCAGGCCUGGGACCUGUUUGGCAUGUUGAUAGGAGACUAAUGAGGAAUUCUAGGACUGUAGGCUUGUCUGGGAACUCAGACCUAUCCCCCCAAAAAAGGUAGUGGCAGACCAUUUGCAAAACUAAUGUACCUACAGGUAGUCCCCAACUUAUGACCAUAAUUGGGACUGGAACUUCUCUUGCUAAGCAAUGCACUCAUUAAGUGAAUUGGACCCAAUUUUGUGACCAUUUUGCUGGGAUCAAGUGAAUCACAUGAUUAUUAAGUGAAUCUGUCUUCCCCAUUGACUUUGCUGGUCAGAAGCUCCCUGGGAAGGUCACAAACAGCAGUCACGUAACUGGGGUGCUGCGAUGGUCGUAAGUGUGAGGACUGAUUGAAGACACUUUUUCAGCACCUUUUUUAUUUCAAACGGAUAUUGAACGAAUGGUCAUAAAUUGAAGUGUCCCUGUAUACCAGUAAUCCAGCUUGUCUCAAGUUUUCCAUUUUUGUUCCGAACAGUAAUUGCUUGGAACUAUUUUCCACUAGAUGGCGAACUGCACCUACAAAUUCUCCAACAUGGAAUAAUUCAAUCUAUGGAACAACUAUCAAAUAUUGGUAAUACUGUU